AUGCAACACCAACGGCCAUUCAUUCCCGAUUGCAGAAUGGGAGAUGCAAGUCUCACACAACCAGGAAAACUAGCACAAGACAUUGAAGAGUGGUGCCGUAGGGAACUACGUUUCAACGAUAAAGAUAUCCCACAGCUAUUCAACAUUCGGGAGGUCUGUCGAGGAAAUAUGAUUCCGAUAUGGAAAUUUCUGAUUCGCUUUGUGUAUCAUCCUGCAAAGGUUGAAAUUGUAAAAAAGAAUUUAAAACUGAGCGGAGUGAAAGUUCAGCAGGCUCUUGAAGAAGAACGAAGAAGAGGCAACAAUUAA